UCAAAAGACUGGAGACAUAUUACACUUUCAAAAUGGCUGCGCCCAGUAGGCAAUGUUUUUUAACGUUCUGUAAAAGGUCGGUUAAAACGAUUUUAGCUCGAAAAUUACAAGAUAAAAACAAUUUUUGGUAUAACAGAAGACAUUUAAAUACAAGAGAAUUAAAAAGGUUCUACAAGAAUGCAACAAUAUCAAAAUAUGAAGGAUGGUAUGAAAUUAACUUAGAUCAAAGAAAGCUUCGCACUCCUGGCGGUAAUUUGUUUCGAGUACCGAAUGAAGAACUUGCUUUCGCUGUUGCUACAGAAUGGAAUGGACAAAAAAAAGUUAUACAGAGACAUAGCAUGCAUUUGACUUCACUAUGUAACACAGCUUUAGAUAAUCCAAUGCACAAAUCUCGUGAUGAUCUCAUCAAGGGUAUCAUACACUUCUUGGAAACAGAUACUGUAAGUUACAGAGUGUUAGAACCUGAUGCAUUUUAUACAUUACAACAGAAAGAAUGGGAUCCUAUCAUACAUUGGAUAGAAGAUAGGUAUGAGAUAGAAGUACCUAUUGCUGAGAGUAUUAUGACAAGCCCAAAUCUUCCCACUGAAACCGUGACAACCUUAACACGACAUAUGCAGUCGCAGAGUGACUGGGCACUAUUUGGCUAUAGUUACGCAGCAGAAGCCAUUAAAUCUCUCGUACUAGUACUUGCACUGAUGGACAAACAUAUCUCUGUAGAAAGAUGUGUGGAGUUGUCUAGACUUGAACAAGAUUUCCAGAUUGCGUAUUGGGGCAAUGUAGAAUGGUACCAUGAUAUGGAUGUAUUAGAAUUAAGAAGUAGAUUAUCAGCAUCUGCAUUGUUUGUACACUGGUCAAGUGAAAAUACAUCAAUUCGAGAAAAAGCCAUGUUAAAUUAAUCUGUAACUUGUUAGGAAUAAAUUCUCAUAUGUA